CCGACAGCUUCCGGGUUGGGGUGGUAGUCGGGCGACCGAGGCUGAGCCAGCCAGCAAGCCAGCUUGGAAGCUGAGCUCAGGCCGGGGAAGGGAGGCAGCUGGCACCAUGGCUUGCGCGCUGGUUCCUUUUUGCAGCUUCCAGGAUCUGGACUCCGCGCGGGACUUCCUGUGCUCCCAUCUCCGUCAGGGCGGCGCUGGUGGGACGGGGGGCGUCCAGGAAAGCGGCGGUAAAGCAUCAAACUGGGAAGAUGAUGGCUGGGGAAACUGGGAUGAAGCAGAAGCUCAAGAACCUGAGGAAGAAGAAGAAACAACUUCCAAGACACAGGCAAUUUCCUGGCUCCAGGACUGUGUCUUAUCUUUGUCACCAACGAAUGAUCUCAUGGUAAUAGCUCGUGAGCAGAAAGCUGUUUUUUUCGUGCCAAAAUGGAAGCAGAGUGAAAAGGGGAAAGAAGAAAUGCAGUAUGCUGUUGGCUGGAGUGGCUCUUUGAACGUUGAAGAAGGCGAAUGUGUAAGCAGUGCAUUAUGCAUCCCGCUGGCAAGUCAAAAGAGGAGCUCCACAGGUCGGCCUGACUGGACCUGUAUUGUUGUAGGCUUCACCUCUGGCUAUGUUCGCUUCUAUACUGAGAAUGGGGUACUGCUCCUGGCACAGCUUUUAAAUGAAGAUCCUGUUCUUCAGCUUAAAUGCAGGACAUAUGAGAUUCCACGACAUCCUGGAGUUACAGAACAGAAUGAGGAACUGAGUAUCCUGUAUCCUGCAGCAGUUGUGACAAUUGAUGGUUUCAGCCUAUUUCAGUCCCUUCGAGCUUGUCGAAAUCAGGUAGCAAGAGCUGCCGCUUCAGGGAAUGAGAACGUUCAGCCACCUCCAUUAGCCUAUAAGAAAUGGGGUCUUCAAGAUGUGGAUACCAUAGUUGAUCAUGUUAGUAUUGGUAUCAUGACUUUGUCACCUUUUGAUCAGAUGAAGACUGCGUCCAAUAUCGGUGGAUAUAAUGCCGCUAUAAAGAAUAGCCCUCCUGCUAUGUCUCAGUAUAUCACUGUAGGGUCAAAUCCUUUUACUGGUUUCUUUUAUGCCCUUGAGGGUAGUUCGCAGCCACUGUUGUCUCAUGUUGCUUUAGCAGUUGCAAGUAAGCUGACGUCUGCAUUAUUUAAUGCUGCCAGUGGCUGGCUUGGCUGGAAGCACAAACAAGAAGAGGAAGCUGUACAGAAGCAGAAACCCAAAGUUGAGCCAGCAACUCCUUUAGCUGUAAGGUUUGGAAUUCCAGAUUCUCGUCGCCAUGGAGAGAGGAUCUGUCUUUCUCCCUGUAACUCUUUGGCAGCAGUAACAGAUGAUUUUGGAAGGGUUCUUCUGUUGGAUGUUGCAAGAGGACUUGCUGUUCGUAUGUGGAAGGGUUACCGUGAUGCGCAGAUUGGAUGGAUUCAGAUUGUGGAAGAUCUACGUGAAAGAGAAGCUGAAAAAAUGGAUUUUUCUCCUUUUGCUACACCUCAGGGACCAAGCAGAGUAGCUCAGUUUCUUGUGAUUUAUGCUCCCAGAAGAGGGAUUCUGGAAGUGUGGAGCACACAACAAGGUCCAAGGGUUGGGGCCUUCAAUGUAGGGAAACACUGCAGGUUGUUGUAUCCUGGCUAUAAAAUAAUGGGCUUGAACAAUGCAACAAGUCAGGAUUGGCAGCCUCAGACUUACCAGAUCUGUCUGGUUGAUCCGACGUCAGGCACCGUAAAAACGGUUCAUGUUCCUUUCCAUUUAGCACUGAGUGAUAAGAAGAGUGAGCGAGCCAAGGAUUUGCAUCUUGUGAAGAAGCUAGCAGCCUUGCUGAAAGUGAAAUCAUUAAAUCUGGAUGUGAUUGAAGCUGAAGUGAAGGAAUUAAUUGUUGAUAUUAAAUAUCCUGCUACUAAAAAACAGGCUUUGGAAAGCAUCCUGGCAAAUGAGUGUUUGCCACUCUCUUCUCUGACAAACAUCACACAAACGUUGAUGGCUACAUUAAAAACACAGGAGGUGGAGUGUGUUGAUGAAGGGCUGCUGCAGUUCUGUGCCAACAAACUGAAGCUUCUGCACCUCCAUGAGUCAGUCAGCAAGCUAAAUUCUCAGACUGUACUGUCUGAGAUGGUGCCAUCUGAUCAUGACUUGGCGAAAUUACUCAGGUUAGAUGAGAAAGAGUUUACCAGGCUGCAAAUGCUGCUGGAGAAUUACAAGCAGCAGAACACCCAGCCUUCUGUCCAUUUUGCGGAGGAUGAAGAUGGAGUGCUGCCCGUGAAAACUUUCUUGGAGCAUUUGGAAUAUGAGAAGGACAAGAUUAGCGUGAAGAAGCUAGAUGAAAAAGAAAAUGUGGCUUUAGGCAGUUUUUUUUUCUGGAAAUGUUUACACGGAGAAAGUUCGACAGAAGAAAUGUGCCAUACACUGGAGGCUGCAGGAUUUAGUCCCCAGCUAUUACUGACCCUCCUUUUCAGUGUGUGGCUUUCCAAGGAAAAAGAUAUGCUUCAGAGAACACAGUCGGUUUGCUGCCUUCAUGCCGCAUUAUCCCUUCUGAGCAAAAUGACAGUUGCUAUCGAUGAAUCGUGGGAUUCGCAGUCGGUCUCCCCCUGGUGGCAGCAAAUGCGAACGGCCUGUAUUCAGUCUGAGAACAAUGGAGCUGCCUUAUUAUCUGCUCACAUUGGGCAUUCUGUAACAGCACAGAUAACUGACAGCAUAGCAGAGAAAAAGUUUUCCCAAAUAACUGUAGGUACUGACACAGACUCCUGGGAAGCCCUCUCCCUUGACUCAGAGUACUGGAAGCUUCUGCUGAAACAGUUAGAAGAUUGCCUAAUACUUCAGACGCUCCUGCACAGUAAAGUGAGCAAGAAGACGAGCCCCAGGUCCUCUCUGCAGGCUGAGCCACUUGGCAGACUCUCUGUGAAGAAGCUGCUUGAGGGAGGAAAAGGAGGCAUUGCUGACAGUGUAGCAAAAUGGGUUUUCAAGCAAGACCUUAGCCUGCCAUUGCUCAGACUGGGGCGGCAAAGAGAAGAAACAGAAAGUGAAGAGCAGCCUCCACAAACAGGUGUCAGUCUUCUGGUGGAGGGUGGAGAAGACCAGAAAGGCUUGGAAACCGUAUUAGAGUUACUGCAUUUAGCAUAUCAGCAGUUUCCCUGUAGCCUGGAGCUGGAUGUACUCCAUGCACAUUGUUGUUGGGAGUAUGUUGUGCAGUGGAACAAAGACCCAGAGGAAGCACAUUUUCUUACUAGGUCGAUAGAGCAUCUCGGGUGUAUUGAUAAUGCCCAUGUUCAGCAUGGGAUUGCUCUAAUGAUGUGGAACACAUUCAUAGUGAAAAGGCUUUCUGCUGCCACAUAUUUAAUGGACAAGGUUGGAAAAGCACCAAAGGACAGGUUAUGCCGAAGGGAUGUAGGGAUGAGUGAAGAUGCAGUAACAUCUCUUCUUGGCUCUUGCUCGGAUCUUCUUCAAACACUCAUGGAGGCUGAUGUAAGGAGUGACGAAAUGCAGCUUCCUGUGCUGGACCUGGAAGACGCCUGGGUGUCUGUCAAAGGGCAGAUCUCCUUAGUGGAGCUGGCCCUUGAGCAGAAGCACAUCCAUUACCCUCUGGUUGAGCACCAGUCCGUGCUCUGCACUAUCUUGUAUGGGGUCAUGAAGUUUUCGCUGAAGAGUGUGAAGCCCCUCGCUCUUUUUGAUAGUAAGGGUAAAAAUGCGUUUUUCAAAGACCUCACUUCAAUUCAGUUGCUGCCUAGUGGUGAUGUCGAUCCAGCUCUGCUGUCUGUACGACAUCAGUUCUUAACCAAACUCGUCAGUGCCGUGGUACAAGCUCAGUCUUCAUCUCACAAAGCCAAAGGCAGCCCAGAAGACCUGACAGUCAUAUCGGUGAAAGACAGAGACUGGCCAGCCCUAGUGGUGGAUUUGGCUCAGCAUCUACAGGUCCAAGAGGAUGUGGUUAGGCGACAUUAUGUGUGUGAGCUGUACAACUACGGCCUGGAUCAACUUGGAGAAGAGGCCAUUCUUCAAGUACACGACAAAGAAGUCCUUGCUUCUCAGCUCUUAGUGCUGACGGGACAGAGGCUGGCCUAUGCCUUACUGCACAUCCAGACCAAGGAAGGCAUGGAGUUGCUUGCCAGACUGCCUCCCACUCUCUGCACUUGGCUUAAAGCGAUGGACCCACAGGACCUUCAAAAUGUAGACGUGCCAAUUUCCACAACUGCAAAGCUGGUUGAUAAAGUGAUAGAACACUUGCCAGAGAACCAUGGGCAGUACAGCGUCGCCUUGAAUCUAAUUGAAGCCGUAGAAGCAAUGUCCUGAUGUCAGCAUUACCAACUAAUAGUUUUAAACAAUUCUCUAGCAUAAGUUAAGUGCAUGGCUCCUGUACAUACAGAAUGCAAAGCAACCUAGAGGAAAUCUGGAUGACUUUCAUAAAGUGUUACUUGAGGCUUUUAGGAGACUGUGUAUCCAUAUGAAGUUCUGCCUUACUGUGCUAAAUACCAGCAGUCUUGUCAUCUUUGUAUAUUUGUCUAUAGCUAAAUAUUUAUUUCUAACUCAAGUACUUGUGCAGUAGUUUAGGUUUAAGAACAGCUUUGUUGCUGUUCAAAUUAACAUGUUAGAAUUUUUCAUAUGCUGAAUGAGAAGGAUUGUGCUUUUUAAAUGUUAAUGGAAGCCAUUUAAUCAGAAGCUGAAAGCAGAGCUGCUGCUUAUUGUGUGUUGCUUAAGAAAGCAGCAGACGAGAGCUGUCUUGACUGCUUUACCAACGGAAGCCAUCUGGCAGGAGGCCGAAAGCAUUGAAGGACUAUUUUACGCAGAUACCUGUUAAGACAACGGGGAAGAUUUGAAGUAGCAUCUGGGCUGCCCCUUGGAGCUUUCUUGAAACAAGAAUGUUUCAGUGGCCGAGGAGAGCAAGUUCAAACCAAGUAGCUGUGUAGAAACUGAUGCCACCUCUCUUGGAUAUUUGGACAGAGUUUGGAAAAUUAAAUCAGGAAUCUAAUACAACUAAUCAAGUUCAAUAGAAACACAAGCCUUUUUGUAACUUCACUGUUGUACAGCUUAUUGUAAAAAUGCUGUAAAUUGUGUCCAGCUCUAGAUUUCCCAUGAUGAAAUUUCAGCUUUCCCUAUACAGCUGUUCAAGAUAUGAAGUAUUAAAAUUACACAUUCUCCAUUGUGCUGUCUUGUAAACAUCUAACUUUAUUAAAUCUGUACUUGUCUUAAAAGUAGUCAAAGGAUGUGUGUUUUUAGAAGUAUUAAACUAUAGAACCAUACUGCACAGAC